CCACUGCGCUGCUCCGUCUCCACACCAGCCAACAUGAGCUUCGGAUCUGACAUCUUUGCCUCUUCCUCAUACCGGAAGAUUUUCGGGGAUUCUCCCCGUUAUUCCUCCUCUCCAUCCCGGAGUGUGAUGGCCAUGUCCUCCAGGGGAGGUUACCGGUCCUCCUCUGCCUCCCGGAGCACCGCGACCUCCCUGGGCUCGUACAGCAGAAAGUCCGGCCGCGCCUUCUCCUCCAUGCCGCUUGAGACCUUCGACCUGAACCAGAGCAGCGUCCUCAACAAUGAGUACAAAAUCAUUCGUACCAAUGAGAAGGAGCAAAUGCAGGGUCUCAAUGACCGCUUUGCAAUGUUCAUCGAGAAAGUGCGCAACUUGGAGCAGAGCAACAAAGUGCUGGAGACUGAGUUGACUGCGCUGCGCCAGCGGCAGACCGAGCCGUCCCGCCUGGCCGAGCUCUACCAACAGGAGAUCCGUGAACUGCGCUCCCAGCUGGAGGAGCUGAACGGGGAGAAGUCCCAGCUCCUGGUCGAGAGGGAUGGAAUUGAAGAGGACCUGCAGAAGCUCAGGGGAAAAUACGAAGAGGAGUUCCAUGCCCGGGAGGAGGCGGAGGCCACCCUCAAGGCUUUUAAGAAAGAUGUGGAUGAUGCCACCAUGGUGCGGCUGGACCUGGAGAAGAAGGUGGAAUCUCUGCUGGACGAGAUCAACUUCCUCAGGAAGGUGCAUGAGGAGGAGGUCGCUGAGCUGAUGGACAUGAUCCAGGCUGCACAGGUGUCAGUGGAGAUGGAGGUGUCCAAACCGGAUCUCACUUCCGCCCUCAAAGAGAUCCGAAGCCAGUACGAGUCCAUGGCGUCCAAGAACCUGCAGUCCGCAGAGGAGUGGUACAAGACCAAGUUUGCCGACCUGUCCGAGCAGGCCAACAGGAGUAAUGAGGCAAUCCGCGCCAGCAGGGAGGAAAUGAACGAGUUCAGGAGGCAGCUGCAGUCCAAGACCAUCGAGAUCGAGAGUCUGAGGGGAACCAACGAGUCUCUGGAAAAGCAGCUGCGGGAGAUGGAGGACAGGCACAGUGUGGAGAUAGGAAACUAUCAGGACAGCAUGGCAGAGCUAGAGAAUGAGCUGAGGACCACGAAGAGUGAGAUGGCUCGUCACCUGAGGGAGUACCAGGAUCUGUUGAAUGUCAAGAUGGCCCUGGAUAUUGAAAUUGCAGCUUACAGGAAACUCCUGGAAGGGGAGGAGACCCGCAUCGGGACGGGGAUCACCUACCCCGGCUCCUCUGUGAGCACAGGUAUGGGGCAAAGCUACAACUACCAGACCCGUGUCUACACCAGCUCUGGCAAGGGCUCCAAGAAGGAUGAAGAGCAGCAGCAGAACAAGUCCGGAGGCAAGGUCACUCAGCGUGAAGUUUAUGAGGAGACAGUGAUCACCACCAAGAAGAUGGAGAAGCAACAAGACCCCAGCGACAUCCCCACCAAUCAGAAAAACUAAGAGCCUUCUGUAAGCCUGGUUUUCACCCCUAAGUUUCCCUUAACCUGCAGAUCCAGUCCUUUCUUUUCCUCUCCUACUUUAAAACAAACCCGGGGCCUUUACUUGAAACACAUAAAAUCUGAUUCACUGUGUGCUCAAUAACCAAAAGUGUUUCAAGCAGAGUAUCCAGAUGUUUGUUUUACAUGGGUUUACUCCUCCUUGUCCCCUUUCUCCUCACUUGUGUUCCCAAGAGGAAAUCCAUGAUAACUCCUGUAACAUCACUCCAGCAUCACAGUUCAUCUGUUCUCUCUCUUUCUCUGUCACACUCAACAUCUAACAAUAGCAGGCACUAAGGUAGCAUCUCUUUCAUAAGAGAAAUAUAAUACUCAACUGGUCUUUCACACUUUGGACUAAUGUUACAUCCAUGAGUGAUACUUCAGUAGAUAUUUCACUACCACCACAAGCUGUGAGAUACUCUCAACACAUUCCAGUGAAAGCAUGUCUGUGCAUUCAAAGGACAAAAGAUCACACAUCAGCUGCUGCAAAAAGGGUUUCCUGCACAAAACAAAAAAUAUUUCUGACAUGAUCACUAACAUUUCAUAAGGAAGCACACGGUCUACAGUUGUAAGAAACCAGCCAAAGUGAACAACAGUUUAUAAGUUAUUUCAAGCAUCUUUUCCAAUAAUGGAAAGUGAAAUCGCUACUUGCACAAUUUGUCUGAUCUUUGGUUUGACCCAGUCAGCUCUGCAUGACAGUUUGGAAGUGGAUAAAAGCAAAUCAAGCACAGACUCCAUUUUCAACUUCCCCACUGCUGAAGCAAUUUAAAUAAGACCUGAAACAAACAAGAUGACAAGUGUAUUAAUGAGUGUUAUAUGCAUGGUGUAUGUAGAAGUCAUGCUUGCAUGGAAUCCAUCCAUUGCUCAUCCAACACUGUUUCGUUGUUUGCUUGGUGUUAAAAAGUCGACUGGUGUGGACUUUUCCACCACGCUGACCAUCAUCAUGCACAAGGCUGAUUUAUGACUGUAAUAGACAUGCUUGUUAGCCUGUAGGCUAGAUCUGAGACUACUGUUAUAACCCAUGUUUUGUGAAGUAGGUAGGCAAUAGAUCUCUGCUCUGGGAGGAAGAUCCUCUUUAAAGCACUUAUAUAGGAAUGUGAAAACUACCUGAUUUGACGAUGAUUGAACAGUUUGCACAAAGAAAGAUGCAGGGAAAGUGUGUGUUUAAGGUGUGUAGUCAUAAAAGGAAAAGGAAGUGAUUUCGGUUUAUAAAGAAGACAGAAUUAGAAAUGAAGCUUUAGCACAAAUGAAAGAAAUUAAAUGGUCUGAUCAACUGUAUGCACAUAAAACAUUCCCUGUGUGUCAUUGAUGAUGCUUGACAUUCAUUUGACCCCCAGAAUCCAUACCAUAUCACUCCAAUGGAGAAAAUCCAGUGUCAUCAACCCUCAGAAUACACCGCAGAGUCAGUCCGAACCUGCCAGACACAGAUGUCUUUGAAACCACUUGACCUCUCUCUUUGUAACCAUGGCCAUGACUGGAUUAAAUGUCUGUUGUAGUACGACCUCACCACUAGAUAUCCUUCAGUCUAAGAGACUUGUAGCUUUUUUUCUGCUUGUGCACUGCCAACUUUAACACAGCUUUCUUUUCCUGCUGCUGGCCGAGGUGAUCUUCGCCUUGACAAACUGCACUCACACGGAAAACAUAAAAUACUGAUUGUAAUGCAGAUUGUUCUGGAUUGAGAUCAUGUUGUUUGAUGGCUUGAGAAAAGUAUCUUAGUACUGUAGUGACUCUAUUUGUAUCUCUACACAGUGGCCUAUCAUAACUGGAACUAUUUAGGAGGCAGCAAAUCUGAAAGUUUAAUGGAUAAGUAAUAUCCAGUGUAAAGCAGAAGAAAAACUCAGAUGUACAAGAGCUUACAGGUAAAAGAAGCAUUUUAUAGCAUACAGCUGGAAUAAUUGAUGAAUGGGUGAUGGUUGCAAAAUGUCAAGCCUUUAUCUUUACACAGUGAACCAAAUAGCUUGAAAUCGGUGUCUGAAGAAUAAAUUUCACUACUUCUUCUACAGCACUGCCAAAUAUUUCUAAGUGCACACGCAACAACACUUCAUGGAAAAGAAUCAAGUAUUUUCUGAAAAUACCACCAAUCCAAAACCAACAAUCAAGAUUUAGCCAUAGAGCAAAUACUGUAGGAUGUAAAAUGCCUUAAAACACCAGCAGCUUUUAUCUGGCCAUGUGUGUGAUGUGUAUGAUUCUGUCCAGUGGGGUGCUUAAUCAUCGUUCUUUCUCUAUUAGCGUUUAUUAGAGCUGACAUGAGUACAACGCUUAGGGACUGAAUGUAGGUGACAUGCUAUUCUCUUUACUGUUAUUACUACUUAUGAAUUGCUGUAUGACACCAUAUCAAUAAAGACUUGACAUUA